CAGCUGAGAUAUAUUAAUUUCUCAACAGGACAGUGGACCACCUUCAGUGUGUGAGUUCCAGGGCAGUGUGAGAGGUGUGCCCGGGUCCUGGGUGGCUCUCUCUCUCUGUCAGGGCAUCAGGGGUGUGAUUGUUGGCAGAGGGAAGGAACUAACAGUGGAGCCUGCCCUUGAUGCCUCAACACUAGAGGACCCACACCAUAUCUUUUCUGCCAGUAGCCAUGUACCAGGAGCAUGUGGAGUAAGAAGUGUUGUCAAGAAGAACAAGAGCAAAAACAACAAUAGCAGCAGCAAUAGUGACCAAGAAGAUGCUGUCCUGCAGAGGGAGCGGCGUGAGGCUCUCCAUGGUGAUCCAAUGUGGACAAGUAAGACAACUCGAUUUGUGGAGUUGGUGUUGGUUGCAGACAACAGCUUCUAUAAGAAUUUCCUUGAUAAAUCUGUCCAGCGCUGCAGGGGCAUUGUCAACAUUGUUAAUGCAAUAUUCCGGCCACUGAACAUUGUGGUGGUACUAACUCACCUGGAGAUAUGGGACACUAAAGACCAGAUUGAUGUGGUCAAGGAUUCAAACAAGACUAUUGACAACUUCAAGCCUUACAGGAGAAAGCUGCUGCAAACACUACCAAAUGUUAAUAAUGACAACACUCAGUUAUUGACGGUUGUUGACUUUGAUGGAGUAGUUGGAAAAGGAACAUUGGACAGAAUGUGCAG